UCCUCGUCUUCCGAGGCGGAAAUCGCCGUCCCAACGCCCGCGCCGACUUCGGCCGCCGUCUACACCAAAGCCAGCGAGAAUGUAUGCAUGUGGAAGCAGCAGAGCUCGGACGCCUGCGACUCGCCUCGCUCGUGCUACGACUGCCUGAACACGUCGCCCAGUAACGGCGUCCAGUGCGUCAUCAGCAGCGCCGGACUGUGCACCACCAUGGCCGAAUAUGUGUGGCAGGAGGACUACCGCCUCAACAGCAGCGCCGCCGCACCGCACUACUUCCCGUCCACCAACACCACGUACUGCGAGGACAGCGACUCGGUGUGCGAGGCCUGCGCGGCCGACCAGUUCAUCAAGUCGGCGUCGGGCACGACGGACCCGUCGCAGUUCUGCGUUGGCGCAGGCGACUGCGUGUGCGUGGGCUUCUGCGAGUCGCCCGUGUACAGCUCCAAGGUCUCGAGCGAGUACUGCGCCACGCUGAGCGCCACGACGACCGUGAGCGUCAUGGGCGUCUCGGUGGACGACAUCAUCACCAUCGUCAUCUUGUGCUUCACCAUUCCCGUGAUCGCUUAUCUGUGGUGGGUGCGUCGCCUCCGCAAGCGCCGGCAAGCGUGCGAGGAAGCCUGCCGCAACCGGCCGCCCGUGAACGGCCCACUGCUGCCGCUCGUGGGCUGGAAGAAGUACUGCGCCGAACUCGUGGCGAACCAGACGGCGAUCGUGGGGGCUGCUGGAGCGGGUGAGGCGGUAGCGACCCCCACAGCUGCAGCGACGGAGGCGGCUAAUGCAGCCAACGUUGCUGCGCCGCUCACCAACCUGCAGGUGGCGACGCUGUCGAUCGAGUUCGAGGAUCCGCAGCACCCGCUUACGGCCGUGACGAGCACGGGAAGGCGCCGAUCUAGCAUCGACAACACCAACGUGGUAAGACCGCGGCCGAGUCAGCCCGUCAGCAUUGCCGAGGGUGAGGAGGACGAGGACGAGGAAAUGGACGCGCGCUCGACGCCGUAUGCAGAGUUGGGGGACCGCACAGCC